AUGCUGGUCCGAGAGAUAUUGCCGCUCAUUUUAGGUUUUUCGCCUUUUGUUUUUGGUCACUGCUUUCUAACAUCGUUUUUACUUUUAUUUCAGGUGGGUUUAUUACGUUUUCUAUUAUAGCACACCAUACUCGUUUACGCCCAGUUCUUAUACCACAAUGCUUUGUCUAUGUGAUGUUGGGAAGGGGGUUUGUGUAAUGGGAAUAAUGAUGGUAAAUUGCCAAGUUAUCGGGUUCAUGCACUAUGAAAUGAGUGUGUACAUUGUACUGACAAGAUACACUGCAUCAGUGGUGAAAGUAUAGUGGCCUUAAAGUUGACUGCCACUUAUCAUGGCUCCAAUCUUUGGAGUUGAGAAUCUGGAAGUAAUUAAUGUAAAUUGAUUGAUGAUGUAACUCCACUGUCUCACUGAGUAAAUUGGGAAUGUGUAAGUGAGGGUGCAUGCAUUCUUGAGUUAGUGCAUGUGUUUGGUGUUCUUGUGAGAGGGAGGGGGAGUGGGCGAGAGAGGGGAUAGGCACUGUAGAGAGGGGUUGCUGGACAAGACAAAAUAUGCUUAUGUAUAUUUGACCAAGUUGGCCAUUGAGCCAUGUGUUAAUUAUUAUUUAAUUGCCUCUCUCUCUCUCUCUCUCUCUCUCUCUCUCUCUCUCUCUCCUCUCUCUCUCUCUCUCUCUCUCUCUCUCUCUCUCUCUCUCUCUCUCUCUCUCUCUCUCUCUCUCUCACACAGACACACAUACACUAUACCGUUAUGACAAUAACCAUUGCUACAAGUUCCCUGUUAUCAAGCUAUGUAGGAUGUGUAACAGAGGUGGUUCCUGAACACAGGAGGUUGGUGGCACCUUAAUUGGGGAGAAUGAGCUCGUGGUAAUGGCUGGAGUGGAGUAGGCAGGAUGGUAUCAAACACAUGGUUUCCAUGUGUUUGAUGCCAUGCCAUUUGCUCCAUUCCAGACAUAUGUGGUCCUCUGUAGCUCAGCUGGUAGAGCACGGCGCUUGUAACGUCAAGGUAGUGGGUUCGAUCCCCGGGACUACCCAUACACAAAAAAAUUUUAUGCACGCAUGACUGUAAGUCGCUUUGGAUAAAAGCGUCUGCUAAAUGGCAUAUUAUUAUUAUGAGCUGUCCUCCCCUCAGCAGCCUCCUGUGUUCCUGAACUAUGUGAUAGGUAACAUUAUUUGAGACCUGUUAGCCUCUGAGCUAAAGCUUAGGCAUAAGCUUAGCAUACUAACAAAGGAUAAUGUACGUGGACAAUCCAGGUUUGAUAACCUGGAUUGUACACAGAGGAUUGUGGUCCUCUGUAGCUCAGCUGGUAGAGCACGGCGCUUGUAACGCCAAGGUAGUGGGUUUGAUCCCCGGGACCACCCAUACACAAAAAAUGUAUGCACGCAUGACUGUAAGUCGCUUUGGAUAAAAGCGUCUGCUAAAUGGCAUAUUAUAUUAUUAUAUUAUUAUUAUACCCGGUAGAAUGGUCACAUUGGUAGAAUACCUAGCUCCUAUGCACAAUUAUGACUAGCACAAUGCGGGGGAAGGGGUGCGGGCGAUUGUAUUUUGAUUUGGAUCAGUGGCGAGAGAGCUAAUGCGUUUAGACGCCGCAUUCAACUGGGACGCGUGGCUAAUGCUAGGUGCUCACUCGGCAGCGUGGGUGCAGGAGGGAGCUUCAGUUUGAAGUGUCCCAGGCAAAGAGCUUUGCUACCCACCAUGCACUAGCUCGCUACUCCAGAGCCCCUGAGCUCUCCAGCGCUCCGCUCUCCUCUCCCGAUCCACGGGGCUGCCCACCAGGCUCACCGCUGGGGGAGGCAGUGUCAGGGUUCACCUCUGGGUGGUGGGGAGGGAGGGAGUGGGGGUGGGAAUUCUCCUAGACGAGCCCUUAGCCUUUUUCUUCUCUCCUACCCUUCUUGUAAGUGGGUGGGAAUCUCCUCUCUCGACCAUUGUGUGAAGAGCGAGAGUGUGUGUGUAUGUGUUCCUGCGUGCGUGCAUGUGUGUGAACUGUGAGGGAGUGCAUGUUGUGCAUGCAUGCGUGUGUGUGUGAGGGACUGAGUAUUUGGGUGCUUGCCGGGCAUAUCUGUGUGCAGAUGUGUGUGUGCGUGGAUGAAUGUGUGUGCAUGAGUGUGUAACAGAGAGUGUGAGGCCUUGGGGUUCAGGUGUGAGACUCAUCUGUGGUGGAAAGCUGGCCACAUGGCUGCCUGGCACUGAGGAUGGGAUCUCCUACAGUGGGCCCUAUGGAUACUAAUGAAACGUCAUCAGAGUCUGACUUAGGGUCUUUUCACAUAGUGCCGUCUGUCUCAGAUACUGGAUGGAGCCUUUGGUAUCUUAUACCCUUUUCAUACUAUCAUUACGAUUUUCAAAUGGUGUAGUUCCAGCAACUAUGGUUAUAAUAUAAUAUAAUAAUAUACAGUAUGCUAUUUAGCAGGUGCUUUUAUCCAAAGCCUGUGCAUACAUUUUUGGUUGAUGUACGACAGUGACAUGCGGUGUGGUCGGUGGCUGGAUAGACACUGGCAAUAAUCAAAGCCAGAUUUACUUACAAAUAAACCUUGAUGAAGCCCAAGUUCAACAUACAACAGAUAGCUCCAACAACUAGAGUGACAUUGGCUAAUAAAAAAUAAAUUUAAAAAAUCACCAAAUGCAAAUACCAAUGUAGCCACCGAUGGUGGCAUAUUUUAUAUCAUCCGACAAAAUGACACACUGCUCAACUCAGCUCAGCCAUAGACCGAUGUAGCAUCCACAGCUACAACCAAUAUGUGGCACUAAAAUACCAAUAUAUGGACACAUUUCAUCCGAAUAGUUUGCAUUGCAAACUCCAUAGCCUUUCACAAUGGAUUUAUAAAUGUUCCAUUGCACCGCGCAAAAAUACACACACACACACACACACAAACAUACAAUAAUAUUAUUACGUGAAAUAUUAUUACACACACAUAUAUAAUGAAAAAGCUUAUAACGAAAUUUCCAUAUCAACAAUCGAAAUGACUGAAAAAUGCAGUUUAAAAUAAAAAAUAUAUAAAUUCUCAGCAAAUCGAAAUUCUAGCUUGAUAAAUCAAAUGCAUCAAAGGGAUGUUGUCUAUUCUAAUGUUCAUUCAACAGUAGUCUAACACACAAAUUGCUAAGGAAAAUGCAUUUAGCCUACCUUAGUCCAUUCGUCUGUCCUUCAGGGUGAACCUCUCUGUGACAACGAUGUAGAAGCACACAGAAGGCCCUCGGUCGUGUGGGAGAGUCAUCCCCAAGGUCUCCUUCGGUUCCAUUUUCACACUGACAUAAAAAGUCACACACACACAAACAUUAGCUGGUAGCACAGUUCUCCCACGCAGCAAACACGAUACCAGAAUUUUGACUUCGAUACCGAUACCAGGUUUAGUAUCACGAUACUCAAUACCAUCACGAUACUUGAUACCUAAAUGAUACCAAAAUGAUAUGACGGCAAAAAAAGAAGGCUUAUUAGCCAAAGUCACAGAAUGGCACUUGAUCCAGACAGAUGUUUUGAGUUCAAUAUCAUUACAUUUGAAAUGUAGGAUUUAUUUAUGUAUGCAUUAAUGAAUCAAUUAUAAAAUCAUACAAUCAUAACAACAUAAUGGUUAUAAUUUAUUUGUACGGUAAAUCUCUAUUGAUAAACUGGGUAAAUCAAGAUGUAGCCUAGACCUAUUCACAAUACAGGUGAAUGAAUAUUGAAUAGGAGUGUAUUGAGUUAUUGAGUGCAUUGAGUUAUUGAGCUUGUUUUGGCUGAUUUCAUGAGGCUACAUGUUUACCUUCCAUUUGGGACUUAUUUUAUUGUUCUGAUCAACAACAUUUGCAUAGAAGAAGCAAUCACUUUUUUUUAUAAAAGUGUGUGCCGUCUCUUUAAGACCCAUGAGGUCAUUCACACACAAAGUCCAUUCCAGGCUUGAGCAAAGAUGACCUUGAUGAUUAUUCAAGUGUGUUAACUUCUGUGCAGCAUAACAUAAGUGGUGAUCCAGCCCAGACUCCAAGUGAGUUCAGUGGUUCCUCAUGGCAGGCUAGAGCUAGCAAUGAGUAAGCUGCGCUGAUAGACAGAUUUGAUCUUCUCUUAAUCAGUAGACGACAUGUGACACAUUUGACAGAAGUACCGGAAGUAAAAUAAAUUCUAGUACCAAACCGUUUUUCAUGUUCUAGUAUUUGAAAAAGUACAGAAGUUUUGGGAUACCGUGCAACACUACCAUCCAUAAGGGCAUCCAGGCGGUCGGAGACCAGAAUCCUCCAGCGUGAGUGCGCCCCCAUGCAGCAACACAGCUAAAAUCCUUGUAGUUAGUUGCAUCCAUCUUGUAGAAACCCAGGCUCGCAUUGAGUGGCAGGAGAAGCCCCAUUCCCAUUAUGUCCACAAAGCGAAAGUACAGUGCAUUAGGAAAGUAUUCAGACCCCUUCACAUUUUCCACAUUUUGUUACAUUACAGCCUUAUUCUAAAAUUGAUUACAUUGUUUUUUUCAUCAUCAAUCUACACACAAUACCCCAUAAUGACAAAGCAAAAACAGGUUUCUAGAAAUGUUAGCAAAAAAACAACCAAAAAACCCUGAAAUAUCACAUUUACAUAUAUAUUCAGGCCAAAGGCGCACACUUUUAUUUUUUUAUUUUUUUUAUUUUUUUUACUCAGUACUUUGUUGAAGCACCUUUGGCAACGAUUACAGCCUCGAGUCUUCUUGGGUAUGACGCUACAAGCUUGACACACCUGUAUUUGGGGAGUUUCUCAUAUUCUUCUCUGCAGAUCCACUCAAGUUUUGUCAGGUUGGAUGGGGAGCGUCGCUGCACAGCUAUUUUCAGGUCUCUCCAGAUAUGUGAGAUCGGGUUGAAGUCCGGGCUCUGGCUGGACCACUCAAGGACAUUCAGAGACUUGUCCCUAUGCCACUCCUGCGUUGUCUUGGCUGUGUGCUUAGGGUUGUUGUCCUGUUGGAAGGUGUACCUUGGCCCCAGUCUGAGGUCCUGAGCGCUCUGGAGCAGGUUUUCAUCAAUGAUCUCUCUGUAAUUUGCUCCGUUCAUCUUUCCCUUGAUCCUGACUAGUCUCCCAGUCCCUGCCGCUGAAAAACAUCCCCAUAGCAUGAUGCUGCCACCACCAUGCUUCACCGUAGGGAUGGUAUUGGCCAGGUGAUGAGCGGUGCCUGGUUUCUUCCAGACAUGACGCUUAGCAUUCAGGCCAAAGAGUUCAAUCUUGGUUUCAUCAGACCAGAGAAUCUUGUUUCUCAUGGUCUGAGAGUCCUUUAGGUGCCUUUUGGCAAACUCCAAGCGAGCUGUCAUGUGCCUUUUACUGAGGAGUGGCUUCCGUCUGACCACUCUACAAUAAUGGCCUGAUUGGUGGAGUGCUCUAGAGAUGGUUGUCCUUCUGGAAGGUUCUCCCAUCUCCACAGAGGAACUCUAGAGCUCUGUCAGAGUUACCAUCAGGUUCUUGGUCACCUCCCUGACCAAGGCCCUUCUCCCCCGAUUGCUCAGUUCGGCCGGGCGGCCAGCUCUAGGAAGAGUCUUGGUGGUUCCAAACUUCUUCCAUUUAAGAAUGAUGGAGGCCGCUGUGUUCUUGGGGACCUUCAAUGCUGCAGAAAUGUUUUCGUACCCUUCCCCAGAUCUGUGCCUCGACACAAUCCUGUCUAGGAGCUCUACGGACAAUUCCUUCGACCACAUGGCUUGGUUUUUGGCACUGACAUGCACUGUCAACUGUGGGACCUUAUAUAGACAGGUGUGUGCCUUUCCAAAUCAUGUCCAAUCAAUUGAAUUUACCAUAGGUGGACUCCAAUCAAGUUGUAGAAACAUCUCAAGGACGAUCAAUGGACACAAGAUGCACCUGAGCUCAAUUUUGAGUCUCAUAGCAAAGGUUCUGAAUACUUAUGAAAAUAAGGUAUUUCUGUUUUUUAUUUUUUCAAAAGUUGCAAAAAUGUCCAAAAACCUGUUUUUGUUUAGUCAUUAUGGGGUAUUGUGUGUAGAUUGACGAGGAACAAAAUGAAUUUAAUCAAUUUAAGAAUAAGGCUGUAAUGUAACAAAAUGUGGAAAAAGUGAAGGUGUCUGAAUACUUUCCGAAUGCACUGUAAAUGUCCAAGAUGUCUAAAUGUCUGGGUAAAAAGUAUUAAUUGGUUUUAGACAAGUGGACAGCAGUACUCACUGUUCGCCUGUAACAAAUGAAGCAACUUCAAGUUCCGUUCAAAGCUGAAAAUCAGCAACGCCUAAAGGUGCCUAUAUGCUGACCCUGUCCAUUAACAGUGACUGGAGUCAGGAAUGGCCGCGCGUGUCAACGAUUGAAUGGAUUUGAAUGUAUGGAAAGGUUAUGCUGGCAUGAGAUUUUGAGCAAAAAAAUCGUUGAGAAAAAAACAGUAGAUUACAAAAAAGAAUGACAAUUUGUUAUAUAUAUAUUUUUUCAUAACAGCUUUUCAUAUUAGAUUAUCACUGGGUAAGUAAUGCCUACCCUGACUGCACGUCACUGAUAUGCGACCAGGUAAGCACAGUAUAGCUUAGUUCGGCACGGCUCGGCUCAAUGUAUUAAAUGUAUGUAAUUGUUCGGCUGAAAUAUAAAACUAGGUUAGAUGUUCAGAAGACUGAGGCAAGUUUUCCUCUAACUUUUUGCCUGGACUUUGCUUCUUUCAUAUUUACUUUGAUUCGGACAAACUCCCCAGUCCCUGCCGGUGACAAGCAUACCCAUAACAUGACGCUGUCACAACAAUACUUGAAGAUACACAUCUAUGAUAUGUUGUUUUGGAUUUGACCCAAACCUGAAGUUUUCAAUUUAAGACAAAACAAAUAUUUAUUUGCCAUGUUAUCUUGCAGUAUUACUUAAGGGCCUUGUUGCAAACAUAAUGAAUGAUUUGGAAUGGAUUCUUUAACACCGGCUUCCUUCUUUUCACUUUGUCAUACAGGCCAGUAAUGUGGAGUGAAUGCAAUGUUGUGAAACCCGCUGUAUUUUCAAGUAUUGUGUUGGCAGCAUAAUGUUGUGUGUAUGCUUCAAAAUAAAGGAUCAAAAUAAAUAAGAAAAGAGCAAAGCCCACAUAAAAAUGUAGAGGAAAUCCUGAGCGCUUCAGUCGCGGUCCUGACUUGAAUCUGCUUGACAAUCAAAGACAAAGUUUGAAUAUUGCUGUCCAUCAAUGAUUCCCAACCAAAUUUACUGAGCUUGAGCAAUUUUGACAAAAACAAUGAUUAUAUGUUUCCCUACUAAGAGUUGUGCAGAUUUGGUAAAAUCUUAUUCAAAAUGAUUCACAGUUGUAAUUGCUGCCAAAGGCGCUUCCACAAAGUAUUAACUCUGGGGUGUGAAGACAUAUGCAAUCAAGACAUCUUCGUUUUAUAUUUGUUAUUAAUUAAGACAAAUUUAUAUCAUUUUUCUUUCACUUUGAAAAUGUGGAGCAGUUUGUGUAGAUACAUAGAGAAAAAAAAUAUAUAAUCCCUUUUUAGAUUUAAUUUUAAGGCAGAAAAAUUAGAAAACUGUGCAAGGGGUGUGUAGACUUUCACCAAGCACUGUAUGUGCCUUUUAUAGUGCAUCCAUUUUAAGUAUGCAUUUUGUGGAAUUCUUACCAACGCACCAACCAGGGUACCAAAUACAUAUUCUUGAACGUCAUAAGAGAUUCCGCUCCCUUUCCUCCGGCUCCCAUCCACCCACACUAUCCAGUCCUAGACUAGCCAGAACAAUAGAUACCCUAUUUACUUACAUUUUACUUACGAAUGAAAUGGUGAUAUGGUAAUUACGUAAUACUUACUAAUUACUAUUUUGUUGGGAUUUGUUCAAUAAGCACUGCUAUACAAUGGUGUUGCAUUACCAAUUGGCUUGAAUUCUCUCUCCCUCUCUCUCCCUCUCCCACUCUCUCUCCGUCUGCUGUGCAGUUCACCCAGGGAGAGCUUCAGAGUUCAUGUGCGCGGAACGUGGCAGAGAGGGCGGGUGAGAGCUGCCAGCUGGCGUGCCAAUGUAGACCCUACCCUCCCCUGCCGCCCCCGCCCCCACCUCCUCCACCCCCCAGACUUCUGGUCUUCACU